GUCCGCUACGAAGCGAGCGAGCAGGCUAGGACCCGAGGAAAACUACAUUUCCCGCGAGGCAAUGGGGCCUGCCAUGUUUUCCCCGUGUGCCUCUGGGCCAGCGGCCCAACAAGCUGUCGGCGCUAUAGCAACGGUAGCUAGCGGCUGAGAGAGAGUGGUGAUAGGCCAUGUCUGGUCCAACUGAUGAGACUGCAGGAGACCUGCCUGUGAAAGAUAUAGGUCUAAACCUCUUUGGAAUGGGAGGGUUACAAGAAACUUCAACGACACGGACAAUGAAAUCUCGCCAGGCAGUGUCACGUAUCAGUCGUGAGGAACUGGAAGACAGAUUUUUGCGUUUGCAAGAUGAGAACAUUUUACUUAAACAGCAUGGCCACAAGCAACAGGAUAAAAUUAAAAGAAUGGCCACCAAGUUAAUACGGCUAGUUAAUGACAAGAAAAGAUAUGAGCAGGUUGGUGGCGGCCCCAAGCGGCUGGGACGAGAUGUAGAAAUGGAAGAAAUGAUUGAGCAGCUGCAAGACAAAGUUCAUGAGCUUGAAAGACAAAAUGAAAUCCUCAGAAACAGACUAAUUUCAGCCAAACAGCAACUUCAAAUCCAGGGAUACAGGCAAACUCCAUACAAUUAUGUGCAGUCUCGUGUUAACACUGGACGUAGAAAAGCAAAUGAAAAUGCAGGCUUACAGGAAUGCACCAGGAAAGGUAUUAGAUUCCAAGAUGUAGCAGAAACUCUACAACCCAUGCUCACAAAAUACAGCAGCAGUUUACUUGAGGAAGCGAAAGGAGAAAUAAGAAAUUUAGAAAACGUUAUUCAAACACAGCGAGGCCAGAUAGAAGAGUUAGAACACUUGGCUGAGAUUCUGAAAUCUCAGUUGAGGAGAAAAGAGAAUGAAAUUGAGUUAUCUCUUCUUCAGCUUCGAGAGCAGCAGGCUUCAGAUCAAAGGUCAAACAUUCGGGACAAUGUAGAAAUGAUUAAGCUUCAUAAGCAACUAGUGGAGAAAAGCAAUGCUCUUUCAGUAAUGGAAGGAAAGUUUAUUCAGCUUCAAGAGAAGCAAAGAACUCUCAGGAUCAGCCAUGAUGCCUUGAUGGCAAAUGGAGAUGAGCUAAAUAUGCAACUUAAAGAGCAACGUUUAAAAUGCUGCAGUCUUGAGAAACAAUUACAUUCCAUGGCAUUUUCUGAAAGAAGAAUAGAAGAGCUGCAGGAUAGAAUUAAUGAUUUAGAAAAGGAACGAGAACUUUUAAAGGAAAAUUAUGAUAAACUUUACAACAGUGCCUUCAGUGCUACCCAUGAAGAGCAAUGGAAGUUAAAGGAACAGCAGCUGAAAGUACAGAUUGCUCAACUCGAGACUGCCUUAAAAUCUGACUUAACAGACAAAACUGAAAUCCUUGACAGAUUAAAAAGUGAAAGAGACCAAAAUGAGAAACUCAUUCAAGAAAAUAGAGAACUACAAUUAAAGUAUCUGGAACAAAAGCAACAACUUGAUGAACUUAAAAACCGCAUGAAGUUUUACAACCAGGAAGGUGAUAUUAAUGCUGAUGAAUUGAGUGAAGCUCUCCUGCUUAUAAAGGCUCAAAAAUCACAAAAAAAUGGAGACCUUUCCUUUUUAGAGAAAGACAAUAAAAUUAAUAAAGAUCUAGAACAUUCCAUGAGAGAGCUACAAGCAAAUCAUGCAGAAACUGUACAAGAACUUGAAAAGACAAGAAAUAUGCUAAUUAUGCAACAUAAAAUUAAUAAAGAUUACCAGAUGGAAGUUGAGGCAGUGACCCAGAAAAUGGAAAAUUUGCAGCAAGAUUAUGAAGUCAAAGUGAAACAAUAUGUUCAUCUUCUUGAUAUUAGGGCUGCACGCAUCCAAAAACUAGAAGCCCAAUUAAAGGAUAUUGCCUAUGGAACCAAACAGUACAAAUUUAAACCAGAAAUCUUGCCAGAUGACUCUGUGGAUGAAUUUGAUGAAACCAUUCACUUAGAACGAGGAGAAAACCUAUUUGAAAUCCAUAUCAACAAAGUAACCUUUUCUUCUGAAGUUUUACAGGCAUCUGGAGAUAAGGAACCCGUCACUUUCUGUACCUAUGCUUUCUAUGAUUUUGAACUACAGACAACUCCCAUAGUGCAGGGUCUUCACCCAGAAUAUAACUUCACUUCUCAAUAUCUUGUUCAUGUUAAUGACUUAUUUUUACAAUAUAUUCAGAAACAUACUAUCACUCUUGAGGUCCACCAAGCUUACAGCACAGACUAUGAAACAAUUGCAGCAUGUCAAUUGAGAUUCCAUGAAAUUUUAGAAAAGAGUGGUCGAAUAUUUUCCACAGCAAGUUUGGUUGGAACUGAAGGAGACAUCCCAGAUUUUGGCACCGUAGAAUACUGGUUCCUAUUACGAGUUCCCAUGGAUCAAGCAAUUCGACUGUAUCGAGAACGAGCAAAGGCUUUAGGAUAUGUAACAUCAAAUUUUAAGGGACCAGAGCACAUGCAAUGGUUAAGUCAGCAAGCACCCAAAACUGCUCAGCGCAGUUCUGCUGAUUCCACAGACGACAACUUAAAUGAACUUCACGUUACAGUAAGAUGUUGCAACCACCUGCAGUCCCGAGCAAGCCACCUUCAGCCACACCCAUAUGUUGUGUACAAGUUUUUUGAUUUUGCAGACCAUGAUACAGCCAUCAUUCCCAAUAGCAAUGAUCCACAGUUCGACGAUCAUAUGUGUUUCCCAGUGCCAAUGAAUAUGGAUUUGGACCAAUACCUUAAGUCAGAGUCCCUGAGUUUUUAUGUGUUUGAUGAUAGUGAUACCCAGGAGAAUAUUUACAUAGGAAAAGUCAAUGUGCCUCUCAUUUCAUUGGCACAUGACAGGUGUAUCUCAGGAAUAUUUGAGUUAACAGAUCAUAAAAAGCAUCCUGCAGGAACCAUCCAUGUUAUAUUGAAAUGGAAAUUUGCUUACCUUCCACCAAGUGGAUCCAUAACAACUGAAGACUUAGGAAAUUUCAUACGCAAAGAAGAGUCAGAAGUUGUUCAGAGACUACCUCCAGCAUCCUCUGUUAGCACAUUAGUUGUAGCACCAACACCUAAACCAAGACAGCGUUUAACACCUGUAGAUAAGAAGGUGUCUUUUGUGGAUAUUACACCACAUCAGAAUUCUGAGACAUCUACUCUUUCUGAAGAUAGAAAAGAAAUUUCACCAGAAGUGGAGCAUACAUCAGAAAUAGAAAUGAAAAUGCCAGCUGUUGCACAUAUUCUCCAGGAUUCCCAAGGAAGCACUAUAGAUAAAGUAAAAGAGAAUACUGAGAAAAUGCAGCAAAGAAAAAAAGGUGAUGUGCCUUUACAAUCUGAGGAUCAGCUUGCAGAACAAAGUUUGACUUCUGAAGAUGGAACAGAAAUAACUGAGGAAUUAGAACCAGAAGAUGAAGAAGACAAAUCAGCUUCUGACAGUGAUGAGUGUAUUGUUCCAUAUCCUAUCUCCAAGAAUAUCAAACAGCUAUCAGAAAAAAUUCAGAUUGAAAUCAUAGCUCUAAGCCUUAAUGAUUCUCCAGUAACUGCAGAUGACACUAUCCAGCGGCUAUUCGUUGAAUGCCGAUUCUAUAGUCUCCCUGCUGAAGAGACACCUGUGUCACUUCCCAAACCCAAGAGUGGGCAGUGGGUCUACUAUAACUAUAGCAAUGUGAUCUACAUGGAUAAAGAAAACAACCAAGCAAAGAGAGACAUCUUAAAAGCUAUACUACUAAAACAAGAGAUGCCCAAUAGAAGUGUCUGCUUCACUGUGGUCAGUGACCCUCCAGAGGAUGAGCAGGAUCUGGAGUGCGAGGACAUAGGCAUUGCUAACAUUAACCUAGCUGACAUGUUUCAGGAAGGGAGAGACAUCAUCGAGCAAAAUAUCGAUGUUUUUGAUGCACGAGCAGAUGGCGGAAGUAUUGGCAAGCUCAGGGUAACAGUCAAAGCCCUCCAUGCCCUACGGUCUGUCUACAAGCAAUACAAAGAUGACUUGAAGGCAUGAAAGAAACUGCUCCAGAGGCAUCUCCUACCCCUGAGUAAAUGAUCACAUAAAAGCUCUUAGAUGAGAUUUUCCUAAUUACCCUGAUGUAUAUAAUCUAUAAUUCAUGGGAAGCUGGGAGGGGGAGGGCCUGGGCUUGAUGUGUUCAAUUUUUGUAUACUUUUUCAUUUGUUUAUUUUUCUACUCCCUCCUUCCCGUGACUGCCACCCCUCAGGACUUAAGUUCUCCACAAUGGGCAAUACCUUCUCAAUAAUUUAUACCUGAUAGCAUGAGAAAGUCUUUGCAUUUUCAACAUUUUCACAGGAAGAAUUGAAAUGCAAUUCCCAUUUUUAUUUUUAAUAAGUAAAAAGGAUAAGUCUUCGACAACCUGUGAAGAAAGAAAUACUUUAUCCCUAAUGUUAUCCCUAAUUAUCCCACUAAAUGGAAGGCCUGUGAUUAGCCUCAUUAAGAGUUUUAUACUGUGAAGAUUUUAUUAGAAGCAAUAUAUGAAAAUUACUUGGAUUAAUGUGUUAAUCUUCCUCUUUAAAAUGCUAAUAUCCAUUUUAUGCACAUUAAAGCUCACUAUGCAUUUUCUUUGAUGCAUGCAGUUUCUAUCAAUUAAAUAUAAAGAAUGAGACUUGGCACCAACUUAUUAAAUGACUGCAAGUUUUUUGUUUUUCUUUCUUAAACAUUACAGUUCUUCAAAUUUGUAUUAUUUUCAUGUGUUUGUAAUGGUGAUAUGGGACCCAGAGAUGUGUAUAUAUAAAAUGGGGAUAGACAGAUACAUAUAUAUAUGUGUGUGUGUGUGUGUGUGUGUGUGUGUGUAUAUAUAUAUACAUACAUGAAAUUUACACUUUGAAAACUUAGCUUAUGACUUAGAAAUUAUUAAAAAUCUGACUCAAAUUCUGAU